GGGUGUCUGGAGCCUCUUUCUCCUAACUCCUUCUCUCCCUCUCAUUACAUAGAAGGAUUUCGCCUUCUUUCACUCUUUUAUCUUUUCUUGUAUCGGACCGUCUUCCUAUCAGAAAGAUCCCAAUCCGAUGUCACCCUACGGGCGCUGAUUUAUUUCCAAAUUUUCUAGUGCUCUGCAUAUGUUCCGCCACUGUUAGCGCAGGACUUCUUAACGGAGGGUACACUCCAGUACUCCUCAGUGUACUGCCGUCGAACUCCAGCAACUUUCUGAGAGAAGAACUGAAAGGUAUUUUUGACGAAAGAUAAUCCAAUAAUUUAAUUAUCCCUGGAAGAAUAUCACAACUGUAAUAACUUUGAGACAAAAGUUUAUUUCCCCCUUUCCCCAGAAAUACAAACCACUUUGCGAAAUUCUUGAAAAAGUGACUAGAACUAAAAACCAGGUACUUGGGCAGUUUUCUUUCUUUAAUUUUAUAGUAAUAAGACAUUUUUAAAUCAUUCCAUAAAGAAUAUUAAUGAAUUUAUCUUUUUCAAGCAACUUUUUAGAACUUUCUUAGACGUGAAGAGUUAGAGAGAUAGUUUUAGAGAAACUUAUUUUCUAACUUUGUGAAAGAGUUUUAUUUAACUAAUACCAGUCGAGAAUUGCUUGAAAGUUUUUGAGAUAAUAUUUAUGUAUUAGAUAAAGUUUAUUUUCAUGAUAUGUAACUUACAGUUUAUAACACGAGAGAGACACAAGUAGCUAUCACCGAAAAUAUGCGCGCAAUCAGCUUAUCGUUCAAAAUUUUAAAAUUUGAAGAGAAAGAAAUUUCAUGUAGAAAAUAUCUUACAAAUCAAAAUUUUAUGAACAAAAACAAAAUUAAGACAGCCUGAUUUUCUGUAAUAUUCAGUGCAGCUAAUAUUUUUAUGGUGGACUUUUAAGAACUAUCCAUGAAAACCUUGAAAUGUUUUGAGCUGAGGGACGUAGCUCUAUUUAAAAAUUAACUGAAGGUACAAUUAACUUUUUAAAACAAUAUGACUGAGUCACCUCUUGUUACAGAUUAUGUAACCGUGUUUCUUAACGACUCGUCAUCAAACGAGUCGCUCAUAUUUUCAAAUGACACUUUCACAAACUCCCCGACGAACUUAACUCAACAAACUGAAAAUGGAACUUGGGAAUCUCAAGUCACUCUAGCGUUUAAGACGCUUGCAGUGACUACAAUCAUUGUAUGUGCUGUAUUUGGAAAUAUACUUGUGAUUUCUAGCGUCUACCGUUAUCACAAGCUACGUAUUACCACCAACUAUUUCAUAGUAUCCCUCGCAUUCGCUGACACUUUAGUCGCUCUAUUGGCUAUGACCUUCAAUGCCAGCCACAUGAUUGCAGGCAAGUGGCUCUUCAAUCAAACUGUUUGUGAUUUUUGGAACUCUUGUGAUGUACUUUUCUCAACGGCCUCAAUCAUGCAUUUAUGCUGCAUCAGCGUAGACAGGUAUUACGCGAUCAUCAAACCACUGGAGUACCCAACUAAGAUCACUGGCAAAUUAGUAGCUAUCAUGAUUGCAUGCGUAUGGUUAAGCUCUGGUCUUAUCAGCUUCAUACCCAUAUUUUUAGGUUGGUAUACAACCAAUGAUCAUUUGACAUCCCGAGAAAAGAAUCCCGAAAUUUGCGAAUUUGUGGUAAAUAAACCAUAUGCUAUUAUCUCUUCCAGUGUUUCAUUCUGGAUACCAUGCUUCAUCAUGCUUUUCACAUAUUAUAAGAUAUAUGUAGAGGCUGUCAGACAAGAGAAAUUCAUGUGCAAGUCACAAAUGGGGCCGGCAAUGAUGCAUAAUAGUGCACGGAAUAGUACCGAUCAUUCGAUUGCUCCAAACGUACAUGCUCCACCUCACCGCAAUUCUCAUGGCGACGAUCCGGAAAGUGGUCAAUCUACUCCUACUAAGAGAAAUAUCAACAAGAUGAAAAGAGAACACAAGGCGGCCAAGACCCUGGGCAUUAUCAUGGGAGCUUUCAUUCUUUGUUGGCUACCUUUCUUUCUUUGGUACGUCUCAAUAAGUAUGUGUGGUGACGCCUGCUACUGCCCUGAUAUAGUUGUCGAAGUUCUUUUCUGGAUCGGCUAUUUCAACUCGUCACUGAAUCCCAUCAUCUAUGCGUACUUCAACAGAGAUUUCCGUGAAGCUUUUAAGGAGACUAUACAAACUUUCAUCUGUUGCUGCUGGAGGGUCCCUUGCUUGCAGAAUGAACGCGCCAAAGCUUUUAACUGUGCGUACAGAUCGACUCAGGACAUAGGACUUGUCGAGAACAAGUACAUCAGGGACUGAAACUAUUCCUGUCUCAUUGCGUGGAUGAAAACAUAAUGAAGAUUUUGAAAAGAUUUUCAUUAGGUUGGAAUACCUACUCCUAUAUUGGUUAAUACACAGGUACACGUGUGUUACUGAGAGAGCAGUUCCCACUGUCGACUCGAGGAUACCACAAUUUAUUUUCUAACUUCCUUUUCAUGUUUCGUUUAUUGUCCGUAUUUCCCCGCUGGCAUUGACGUUUCAGAUUUUAUGAUGCAACAGACACUCGCUUUGCCGCAGGAAUCAAUCAAGAGAGAGAAGGGAAUUCAAUUUCACCAGACAUUCUCUCGUAUUCUUGAAAACUAGACGAACACUUCACAUAAAUUUCUUACAGUGAGAGGUGUUUAACCUGUUUCAUCCCAUUUUAGAAAACUGGCACUACAAAGCGUUUUCAACAUUUUCAGAGUGAAAGGCGUUUUCAAAAUCUAAUCGGUUUUUAUAUCGCUGUGUUAUAAAAAUAAGGUAUACACGAAAUUUAAAUUACGAGUAUAUAUUAAUCAAUUUGUGAUUUUCGAAUUCAGUGCCUAGGAAAAAUAAAAUAUGUGUUUUAAUUGAUGAGAUGAUGACGUAUAUGAUGAAAUACUUUUUCAUUUGUAUUUCGUGAUGCAUAUGCUACUAUCCGGAGGUACUAGUACAUUACACACAAGUACAUUGAUUUAUGUUUGCUUUGCUUGUGAUAUGGAAGAGAAGGUUUCAGUUCUGAAUGAUGAAACUCAGAGAUCACUUAAUCUGGGGAAAAUGUAUAUGUGAUUUUAGUUUAAUGUCAUGAAAGAAGACAUCAGAAGAGGUGUUUAAAAUAAUUCCUUGACAAAUUUGUUAAGAAUUAUUGAAAUCAUAUUCUUCACAGCCUUAAAUUCAUAGGCAAAAUUUCCGUUACUAACUUUGCAUAAGUUGAAAUGCCACUAUAUGAUUUCUUAAAAAAAUAUUUUCGGUAUAAUCCUCUUUUAAUAUUGCUCUAAUUCAUUCAUGGAGUGCUCUAAAAUAUUGAAUUUUGCAUUUAUAUAGUUCGUAAAUGUAUUUUUUAUUCUGUAGAACAUUUAGUCAAAAUUCUUUAAAAGUUUGUUAUAAAUGCGUCUUAUAUGUUUUUAGGACUAUCGCUUAUUUUUUGGUUUAUAGGUGUUGAUUCAUGUUUUCAUGUACAUAAUGUUAUAUAAAUAACGUAUAGUAAAGUUAAAAAAAAUGUAGUGUCAUGUUAUAAGUAUGUAAUUUAAUAUUUGUAAAUGUUACUUCAUACUUUCACACCACUAAUGUUAUAAAAGUGAUGAGUAACAAGAAAUUAAUUUAAAUAAAGUGUAGUAUCACUCUAUAUGGUUGUAAUUUAGCAUUUGUAAGUGUUACUUCAUGGUUUUACGUACUUAAGGUUUUACAAAUGAAGAGUAAAAAGAAGUUGUUUUUAAUAUGAAAGCAAAUAUAGUCUCGUUAUGUAAGAUGUUAUUAAACCUUUGGAGAACCAAGAAUCUCUAAAUGUUAAAAGUUAAAAAUAUGAUUUCGUCAGUAAGCAAGAGUGACUAAUGUAAUAUAACAUCUUAAGGAAGAAGAUCAAAUUAAUUUUUGUAUAUGAAACCCAACAAAAAUUUAUUAAUGAUCCAGACGUGUCUUAAAAUACCUAUUUAUAGUUUAUGUAAAUUAUGUAUGUAUGUAUUUUUAAAAAACUGUAUAAAUGCCUUUACUGAAAAAACAUGAAUGACGUGGUCAUGUAGAAAGAAAUGCGCUAGUGGCAGACUUCGAGAAACGUCGAUUUAGAUAAUAUAUAUAUUAAUAAAAAAGUCAGACAGAGCAUUUUUCAAAUACAUAAUAAGUUUUCUACUCCUGGAUACGUAUUAUUAUUUUGAGGAUUCCAUAAAAUAUUCUAGAAAUAUAUUUAAAAUAGUAAUUUUUUAUUAGAAUUAGACACCAAUUCCUUCCAUCUAAUACAAAAAUAUAUACUGCCGUCGGAGCAAUGAAGUUGGGGACUGAACGAAUUUAUUAUAAGCAUUUAUUCUAGACAGUUUAGGCGCUGAUUUUGAGUUGAACAAAUAUCCGUCUGUUUUGCAUGGAAAUUGCAUUUAAUCCCAACCAUAAACACAUAUCUCUGUAUUAAUCAGUUAACUUUAAUACGUCUUUUAAACCCGUUAGUUUCAUUAAAAAAUAAAGUAUACAUUUUGAAAUAAUUAACUCAUCAGAAGAAAUAUUUGAACUUAGUCAUCAUUUCUCUAACUAAUCUUAGAAAAUUUACUACUGGUAUACAUAUAAGCCGGCUUUCGAAAUGAGCACUAACAAAAAUUCAUUCACCAAAACUCAAAAACUUUUAUUGUAACGAUAAAGCACAUUAUAGUAAUUGAAAUUCUGAAUGGGAAGUUGUAUGUCUGGAAUACUAAAAUAUUAAUAUUAAAAAAUUGAAACUUAACAUUCAUGUCAAUAACUACUGAAAUUAAUACUCUAAAAUAAAAGGGAACCAUUAAGUACAUUUAUUUAAUAUUUUCCUUUAGCCCUCCUUGAUUAAAAUUCCACGAACGAGUUCACUCAACACUGUUUUCAACAGUAAAAACGUGAGUUAAAUGUUGGAUGAUAUAAUGCUGAUAUAGAUGAAUAGGAACUGUAUUCAAUUAUUAUUAUUAUCAUAAUGUAUAUCUAUUCUAAUAUUUGUAUUUAACGUAACAUAUAUAAAAUUUCUGAACAACACUCUACGAAGAGUUUUAAUAUCAUAAAUGUAAUAUAAAACGUUAGCGCAUUACUUCAAUUUAAGCAAUUUCCUAAUAAAUUAACAUUAUUUUUCACAAAAGUUUCAUUUAUAAUUCGGGUAAGCUAAUUUUUAAGUACAACUAAAAAUUUAGAGUACCUUUCAAGGUUCUGUAUGAAUCACAUUUUUCGUGUUGAUAUACUUAGUGAAAUCCAAUGACACGUCAAAGAAAUGUUUCACAUUUACUCAUUGUUGUAUUUUGUUAAAAUUUAUUUAUCGGUUUUAAUAAUUACUCAUUUGGACUAACAGUGUGAUUAACAUGUCCAUUUUAGUAAAGAAAUGCAAAUAUACUUUGCUUAUUAUAAACUAAUGCUAGUCUAAAAAUGUGAUCUCCAAAAAUGUCGAUUCCGAGGCAUCAGGUAGUGGCGAUACUUUGCAUAUGAUGCAGCAUCUAAUAGUUCACCAAUCAUGAAUUUUUAAGAGCCUAUCUCAUUUUCCAGAUGUUUAUGUCAAUCGAUAUACAUCUGCGUAAGAUGUACUAUCAGAUAAAUUCUAUUCAGGGUCGAUAAAAUUCUCCUUUCUAAACAGUUGAAAAUAGUUUUUUCGUGGACUAUUCCAAGAAAAAUCGAUUAGCUAUUCCAUUUCCAGAAAAUGGAGUAUACUUUUAUAAAUGUACUUUUCUAAUAUUAUGGCUGUAUUUUUCCUAAUAUCAUACUCAACACUUAAGUCAAAGAAUUUCUAACGCUCAGAACUAGAUGAAGGAAUUCUCAGAGAAAAACAAUUCGUGCGCUAGAUGUCUUGGUAAAUGAAAUGGCGGUUAAGUUGGAUUUUUUCGUUAGUUAUGAAAAAUUAAAAGCACAUUUUAGUCUGCGGUGGGAAAUCUACAUACAUUGGAUAAAAAUUUAAAUGUCUUUCAAAAGUGGGUAUUAAGUAUGCGCUAUGUGCAACACUUAUUAUUUUUAACGUAGCUUAAUUUCACUUCACUUGCGUACUUUGCUUUCUUCUGGUACUGUAGUAGGAAACUGAGUCGAGUAAUUUAACACUAAAAUCCCAUUUGUAAUGUAGACGGCUAGCAAAUCAGAGUAAUUCAUUAAUACUUUAACUGAGGAUAUUACUUCAAUUUAAUAUAUCCAAAUAUUAGCUCUGUUAAAUAAGAAAUUUAAUGAAUUAUGUAUUAAAUAUCAAGAAAUAUUAUAACUCAUUAAAACAUUUAAAAUCCACGUCUAGUAUUUUAUAAUAAAUAACAAUCUCAAAACUGUAUUUAAAAUUAUUUUUAGAAUUUAAACUUAGUACCUCAUAUCGCUCUUUUUAAAACUUUGCUUGUUUUUUUCAUGCACUAUAACUCUCGGCAUUAAUGGUUUUUAAAACGUACUAAUGUAUUCAAUGCUUCUCAUACUAUUUGAAAGAUAGAUUAUAUCAUCUUUAGUUUCUAAAAUAAAUUUCUUAUUAAAUAAAAUAAAGUAAUUUUUCACCCAAAAUUACGUUUAACACUAGUUAUCAGUUAAAAGUUAUUAGGCAUUGCGAAUUUAUUAUUUAUCGCACAUAAGGAAUUUAUUAUUUAUUUUUUACAUUAUGCAUCUGUAAAUUUAAGGUUCGUAACCAGUUUGCAACUUUCAGUAUUUGCAACUGUGAAUUCCUCAUUUGCUGACUGAUUUCAGUAACACAUUUAAAGGUCUUGUAUGAUGUCAUCUGUUUUGUCUGUUCCUAAGAUUUGUGUUAUAUGUUUUUUUUCUUUACAUCUGAAAAAAAUUAAAAGCAGUUUUAAACAAAUGAAUAAAGUUUUGAAAUAUCGCUUACGGCUUUAUUUAAAUUAGAUACAUUAAUAAUUAUUAUGCUUUAUCUGUAAAUGUUACAAUCAAUAAUUACCAGUUGAAAAGCACAUUUUUUUUAAAGUUAUUAUUUCUAAAAAUGCAACACGUACAAAUAUUAAUAUUCAUGUUGCAUAACUAUGCGACACAUAAUAUAUUAUCAAGUUAAAAUUUUAGAUAAAUAAAAAUUGUUACUUUUCCAAAGUUUUUAUUUAGAAAAUUACUGUUUUUUAAAAUUUUUAUUCUACCAGCAUGUUGCAGUUGUAAUUUGUGAAAUUUCUUGAAAAUAGGUAAAAUCUAAUAGUACCGAGGGUGGAUAGGAAAUACAUUUAUUCCCUGAAAAAUUUUUUAAAUAUGGUAAGGUUAAAAUGCGAUUUACUAAGAUGGAUGAAAUGACACUAAUAUGCAUUUUCUGAUAAUAAAAUUCAUGUGAAAAUUGAUAUAAUCCGAAGAAGCAAAAUGCGGCAUUGACUAUCAUUGUGUGGACUAUCUCAAAGAAUUUUUGUUAGAGUCUGUUUGAUGAGCUGGAUAUAUGAUUCCUAUACUCAUUUGAUUUACUUCUACUUGUGAUAUUCAUAAUUAGGCUUUACCGUAUGAAUGGAAGUAAUAGGGGGCGGGUGGGGUUUGUGUCCAAUUUACUAUUUCCAAACAAAAAUGACAUCUUUUCUUAUGAGACUGAAAGGCAUUAAAAGCAUAUUUAUUAAAACUGUAAUAAGAUUCAAGUAAAUUAAAUUUUAAUUCAAAACUAAGUUAAAUAUUCACAGACCCGAAUCUUAAUGCCUGAAAAAUAAUUUAGUUCUGAGUGUUAGUUCUUAGUGUUUCACGUUGUUCUGAAAUUUAGAUUCUUAGGUGAUGUAACGAGUAGUUUUCCCUGAUUUUUGUAAUAUUUUCUUUAUUUAUUUCACGAAAUCUCUCGUAGACUAAAACUGCUUAGGACCACAAUAAGAUUAAGCAUUUUGUUUAGUUGUUUCUGUAACAUUCCAUUCGGAAUACCGGUGUGAUUAAGAACUAGUUGAAUAUUUUCCCUCUUGAUCUAAGAAGCUAAAAUGUGUAUGCUCCUCCGUAUCUAGCAAAAAAUAAGAACAAU